UGAUUAUAACCAUAUAACCAUAUAACAAUUACAGCACGGAAACAGGCCAUCUCGGCCCUACAAGUCCGUGCCGAACAAAUUUUUUUUCCCCUUAGUCCCACCUGCCUGCACUCAUACCAUAACCCUCCAUUCCCUUCUCAUCCAUAUGCCUAUCCAAUUUAUUUUAAAAUGAUACCAAUGAACCUGCCUCCACCACUUCCACUGGGAGCUCAUUCCACACCGCUACCACUCUCUGCGUAAAGAAGUUCCCCCUCAUAUUACCCCUAAACUUCUGUCCCUUAAUUCUGAAGUCAUGUCCUCUUGUUUGAAUCUUCCCUAUUAUGAAAUAUGUAAGAAUAUUUCUUUGUUCUGUAUUAUCGUGGUGAGUUUGUUUCCAUUUUACUAAACAGUUGAUUUAAAUUAUUUUUGGCUAGUAAAAAAAAAAGGGGGGGAGAUAUGGUUCAGGCGUUUAGAUUUAAAAGAGUGUUUAGAUAUCGGGCGGACUGUCCAAGGCGGAGGGGCAAAGUGAGUGGCUCUGUCCCCUCCCCUCGUGUGUAUAAAGACACAGGUUGUCGGAGCGAGUCGUCUCUGGCACAGAGCGGGAGUGACCGGCUGUAGAGAAGGCACAGGAUGUUCGGGAGAGUGUUUCUCGUUUGCUGUUUGGCCCUCUCCACUCUGGGACAGGAUGCGGUGGCCAGAGGGACGUGGGUGGCCUGGGCUGGGUCGCUGACGGAGGGGGAGCAGGAGGAGAGGGCAACAGCCCGGGCCGCUGUCGGCAGGAGCGGAGCGCCCGCCAUCCCGUUCCCGUGGGCACCGCCGAUGCCCGGCAACAUGGGCGACAUCUGCCGCUACGUGGGGCAGCGGAGGAUCGAGCCGCCCGGCGCGCAGACCGACAUCGGCUUCAGUCAACGGUGGCGACAGGCCCAGGCCCUGCACAGGAUGGAGGCCUCGUUCGGCAAGUGUUGCCGUGGCGACCACAUAUGGACAGGCCUGGCCUGCGCCAUGGAUGGGUGGAUCUGGUCCCUGCAGCAAUACUGCCAGAAGGAGAUUGACGGCAAGAAUUCCAUACACAAGUGCUGUAAGAUGCAGUGGAAGAGAAGAUACGACUGUUUCAUCCGAGAGUCACAUGGUCGAGGCUACGCCCUCCAACUCACCUCUACAGCCACCGCCUUCCCGGACCACGACUCAUCCCCCGACCAGACCAUCCAGCUUCUACACAAGUUAUUCUGAGUUGCAUUUGUUUCCCCUGAAAUUCAAUCCAAAUUGAAUUGAAUAUGAAUUGAGUUUGAGAUUAAUUUCAUUUGAAUUGAAUUGGAUUCCUUGAAUUGAAUUUGGGUGGAAUGGGAUUGGAUUGGAUUUGAAUUGAAUUGAAAUAAAUUUGAAUUGAAUUGGAUUCUUUGAAUUGAAUUUGGGUGGAAAUGGGAUUGGAUUGGAUUUAAAUUGAAUUGAAAUACAUUUGAAUUGAAUUGGAUUAUUUGAAUUGAAUUUGGGUGGAAUGGGAUUGGAUUGGAUUUGAAUUGAAGUGAAUUUGAAUUGAAUUUGUAUUUGAAAUCAAUUGAAUUGGGUGUCUUGAAUUGAAUUCCUUUCUAUGAAUUGGAUAACUUGUUGAACCACCUUACGUUCAGACUAAUGUAUAUACAUAAUAAAAGUAGUUUGAC